GGCCAGAAACCCGGAGUCCACUGCAGGCCCGUGUAUACUCAUAGGUGCCCUGCAUCAGUCUCCGUGGCUGUGUGAAGCACGGCAGGACGCAGUCGCUUUGGUUCCGACCACCUAGUAAAGUCCCAGUGCAAAGGGGUCCAGUGCGCUUUGGGCCGCGGCCGCGGGGGGCGCUGCGAGAACUGCUGUUAAAGCCCUGUCGCGGGCGCGCGCUCUCAGAGGGAUCCCGGCCGCUGCCCGCACCGCUGUCUCCCGCUGCCGGGCCAAGCCUCGUCCGACGGCCCCGUCCGGGAUCCAGGCUUCACGAGUCGCUCUCGGCGCACUAUCCACCCGGCCCGGCCUCUGAACCUCGGACGUGCACCUGAAAGCGCGGCGGGAGGUCCAGGCCCGGCGGCAACAUGGGGAAAUUUCAGUCCAAGCACGCCGCAGCAGCCUGCAAGCGGAGAGAGAGCCCCGAAGGGGACAGCUUCGUGGUGUCUGCGUAUGCGAGCGGCCGCAAAGGCGCGGAAGAGACCGACCGGCGCGCAGGCGGCGUCAUGGAACAUCGCGCACGGGACAAGCAGGAGCUGCCCAAUGGGGACCCUAAGGAGGGGCCUUUCUGGGAAGACAAGGGCUCCCUAGAAGUUGUGCUGCCCCCUGAGAAGUCUGAGGGCCAUGAGGGUCAGGGGCAGCUCUUCAGCAUGGACGACGGGGAGAGGGCAGCAGGCCACGAGGGCCCACUAAGAGCCAGCAAGAAGCAUUUGAACAUUGAUGCCCUCCAGUGUGAUGUCUCAGUGGAAGAAGACAACCGCCAAGAGUGGACUUUCACACUGUAUGACUUUGACAACAGUGGGAAAGUCACCAGAGAGGACAUGUCCAGUCUGAUGCACACCAUCUAUGAGGUUGUUGAUGCCUCUGUCAAUCACUCCUCGGGCAGCAGCAAGACCCUCCGAGUGAAGCUAACUGUCAGCCCUGAGCCCUCCAGCAAGAGGAAGGAAUGUCCUCCCCCUGGCCAAGACCGGGAGUCCACUCGUGGCAGAACAGAGAGUGAGCUCACAGAGGACCCCCGAGUGGCUGACCGAAGGCUGUCUGCCUACAGCAGGAAGCCCAAUGCUGAUUCCCAGACCUGCUCUGUGCGAGUACCCUACUGUGUGGAUGAGAACACAGAGCGCAGAAACCACUACCUAGACCUUGCUGGCAUCGAAAACUACACAUCUAAGUUUGGUCCUGGGUCACCACCUGAACAGGCCAGGCAAGAACAUCAUGGCAGGGCCACACACAUUCCAAGCAGGUCCCGAUCACAGGAGUCCGACGCCUAUGCUAUACACCACCGCAGGUCCCAGGUCCUGGCUGACCAUGUCGUACCAACUAAUGAGCCUGCUGUCCGGGCCCUGGCUGCGCAGCCUCGGAUCAAGGGGCAGGAGAAGCAGUUCCUCAGGUCUCCCAAGGGCCCAGGAAAACCUCUUGGGGCACCAGGCAGCAGCAAACCAGGGAAAACGCUCAACUAUUGCCUGCAGGCCAUCCCGCUGCCCCAGGGUGCUCAGGAUGGCCACCACCUUCCGCAGCCCCCACCACAGCCCCCACCACAGCCCUAUGGUCACAAGCGGUACCGGCAGAAGGGCAGAGAAGGCCACUCACCACUCAAGGGACAUGGCCAGCCUACCAUGGUGGAGCAUGAAGUGGUACGGGACCUGCCUCCCAUGCUAGGGCCCGAGGGCUACAUGGUGCCUGUGAUCCAGAGGCAUGAACACCAUCACCACCAUGAGCACCACCACCACCACCAUCACCACCACUUCCACCCAUCCUAGCACCCAAAUAAGUACUCUGCCCACAUGCCCUCAGGGACACAGAGCAGGUGCUGGCAUGUGCCCAGUAGAGAGUACAGCAUUCCCCGAUCCAACACCCAGCUGCAGAUGUCAAGUGGACACCAGGGAGAUGGCACCAGGCUGGAUAUUCAUGGACAAAGCCUUCCUUCUCCAUGCCAUUUGGAUACCAGCACAUUUGAUGCAGCUGAUGAUUCUCAGUAACAAAUGCUCCUGUGUGAUCCAGAAAGCCCAUACACGAGGGCAGAAAAACAUCUGCUCUUACAUUUGAUGCAGUGUGGUCCUAGGAUGUUCAAGGGACUGUGCCUAGACAUUCUUCGUAUCCUUGUGGUCACUGACCUUUGGGUGCCCCAGUUGUUCGUGGCACAAGACCAGGAGUGAAUGGAAAUGGUAAAGCUUUCUGUGAGGUUUAUUCAUUGUAGUCAGCGGGUUGGGCUUGGGAAGUGGUUCUUCUUCAGCGUACCAUGUCCUUAGUUUCCAACAUGUCACACAAAGCAAAACAAAGAGGUCAGAGUAUCAGCAAAUGUGGAGGGGGCAUGAAUGAGCAGAAGGGCAGGGUGAUGUUCAGCGGGCAGCUCAAGGCUUGGUCUCCAGAGCUUCCAGCAUCCUAGGUGGAUGUGGAUAAGACCCAGACAGGUUGGGAGGGGAUGGAUCAGGUACCAUGCUGGAGGCCCUCACCUAGACUGCGCUCAUUCUUGUAUCAUAGCCAAGUGACACUUAUGUGUCCCUUCUACAAGGGCUGCAAGGGUGUGGAACCUCAAUAAGCCAUGGUCUUUUGGCUCCACCAGAACAGGACACUGCAAGGGGAAUUUACCUCUUGUGAGUUUGUGCAGGUAGCAUCAUGGCUUCUUAGCUUAAGAAAUUGUGCAUUCUGUAACAUGCCAUACCUUGUAUUAAAACAGACUUUUCUGAGA